AGUCAUAAACAGAUAAACCAUAAACUAUUUCGGGAACAUUCGCAAAUAUUUAACUUGAAUUUUGUUUAGCAGUUUUGCAUAAUUUAGCCAGUUUUUAGCGAAAGCAAGCCACAGUUAGUGGAGAAAAAACAAAUAAAAAUAAUUAUUAUUUUCAAUUAUUGACCAAGAAUUUAUAGAUAGGAAAAAUGAUUCGAUCACUUAGUGUUGAAAGAUUAAAAGAAGAGGAAACUCUCGAUCUAAAUACAAAAAUGGUGCAGAAAGUUUUAGUAAAUUGUUAUAAUCGAGGAUGUGGUCAAAAGUUUGAUCCUAAUGAGAAUGAAGAAGAAUCAUGUUUUCAUCAUCCGGGUGAACCGGUUUUUCACGACGCCUAUAAAGGUUGGUCAUGUUGCAAUAAAAAGUGUACGGACUUUACGGAAUUUUUGAAUAUUAAAGGAUGCACAAGAUCGUAUCAUUCCGAUGUGAAACCACCGGAACCGGAGAAGCCAAUUAUUGAUAAAUCAAAAGCUCACGAAGUUAUUGAAGUUCGUGGUCAAUCGCUUAACACUUGCUGCUCGAAAUUGGAGAGACCUGAUUUUCACUUACCGUGUGUUUUAUUAAAACCAACCGUGUCUCCCGCACUUUUAGAACAAAUGAAAGAAUUAAAAACUACCUCUCCAACGGCGGAUGAUUCAGCUGAAAUUAUUAUUGGACAGAAUUGUCAAAAUAAAGCGUGUAAAGGCACGUAUCAAGGUGCUGAAUCGGAUAAGGAAAUUUGUCGUCAUCAUCCUGGUGAACCGAUAUUUCACGAGGGAUUGAAAUAUUGGUCGUGCUGUCAAAAGAGAACGACUGACUUUUCUGCAUUUUUGGAACAACCCGGUUGUGUUGAGGGUGAACAUUUGUGGAUAUCGAGGGCUGUUGGUAGUAAAGUAAAUUGUCGAUUAGACUGGCAUCAAACGGGAUCUUUCGUUUAUAUUUCAAUUUAUGCCAAGAAAUAUAAUGCCAACAAAUCAUCAGUAAAAUUGAAUCCAAUUCACUUGAUCGUUGAUUUACAUUUCAUGGACGAUAGUUCAGCCUACAAUCUUGAUUCUGAAUUAUUUGGGAUCGUAGAUGUUGAAGAGAGUGUCGUAAAUAUGCUUCCAACGAAAGUAGAAAUUAAAUUGAAGAAAAAAGAACCUGGUUCUUGGACAAAAUUGGAAAUUCCACGAGCGAAUUCAACAGAAUCUGGAGAUUCUCAAGAGGACAGUAAUACUGACAGAGUUAAUGCCGUAGAUCUCAGUGAUCUUUAAUUAAAAAAAAAAACUAUAAAUAAUUUCCUUUCUUUUUUUAAUGUUAAUUUAAAGAAAAUGCAUUUUUGCCUGUGGUUUAUUAAUAAUUAAGGAGUUUAAAUUAAAACUCGAGAUUAAGUAAUAUUUCAGUCUAGAAGAAUUCUUUUUCUUUAAUAACUUACUUUCGUGAAUAAAUAUAUUUUUUAAUAUUAA